AUGGGAGUUGCCACUUCGAACCUGCCAGGGCCAUGGUUCUUUCCAGACAGCGUGCAGAUUGUGGUUGUGUUAAAUGAUGCACGAAACAUCGCGCUACUGCAGGGCGAGGAGCUUAGUGCCCUUAUCCAAGUGGAGCCUGACGAGCAGCUGCACCACUUGACGAGGGAAACCCCGGCAAGUUUGUCAGUGAGGCCGAACACGAUCUUGGUGGUGAAAUUCCACGCCAUUGUGCAAGGCUUGCAGGACACAGCAAGAUGCCUAGGCGAUGUCGUGCUACCCCUGAACCACGUUGCGCGCGUGUGCGCGGGAAGUCUGUACCAAGUGUGGCUGCCGUUGCAGCCUGCUUUGUCGUGUGUACAGGAGGAGGACUACGUCGACAACUUUGACAAGGCUGUGUGGAAAGCAGCAAGAGAUCCUCGAAAGCCAAUGGUGUGUCUCAGCCUCUACGCUGGAAGCAUUCCGCAAGCUAGCAAAGACUAUUUGUUCAAUGCCUCAGCCAGCGAGAAGGCAGACCGCUUUCUUGGACUGCUGCAGUCUCACACACAGCACAUGCGGCUGCUGCAGGCUUUGUACAGAGAAGUACGCAGCAACCAGGCGGCCCAGCUUGACCUGUCUCGCUCGAAAGAUGGGCUGGCAGACUCCUGGCCCUCGGAGUUUCGGCGGGUUGAGGCGAACUUGGGACAGGCCGCUCCUGAUCCGUCUGGGCCAGCCGAGGCGCGCGGGGACGGCGAAGACGUAGCCCGCGACGAAACCAAGGAGGCCCUCGACUAUCUUCGCGAGGAGAUCAAGGCAACUACUGCGGAUGCUGAAGCCAGAAUCAACAAGGCCGCCGAGUCCGUCACAACGCUGAAGGACAUGAUCCAGGCUAAGCAGGUGGAGUUGAUCCAGAGGAGAAAGGAGGUGUCUCGCCUCUAUCAUGAUGCGGAGUCUGUGGAGCUGGAAAAUCAGAAGCUUCAAGUCCAGCUCACCAGAGCGUCUCUGCAUGUGGGAGGCCAGAACCAAAAUGACGGUGAAGAGGCCGAGCAGCUUCGCCGUGAGGCGGAGGACUUCCACACGCAGAAAGAGGCACUGCUUCUGAUUUUACGAGACUUCUACGGCGCCAUGGGAGAGGAGCCACCCACACUGUCGGCGAUUGUCAGCAAGCACCAGCUGCGGACCAAGCAGCUCGAGCCCGACGGCGACAAGGCAUUUGGUCAAUCAAGUGCUGGGCACGGCUAUGCUCCGCAGCAAGUGCCGCAGGCCUGGACAAAUAUGUUACCGCGACCAAGCGAGCUGCUGCUCUCGGGAGUGCUCGAAGAAAGGUCGUCAAUCACGCCUUGA